UUUCAGAAUAUACAGCAACUGCCUCCCCCUGAGCAGCGCCAGGCUUAGGAGAUUUACGGUAAAGGCACGUUUCCUAGGAGGUCAGUACAGAAAGCCAGACUCAACGGCAGUUUCUGGGGAGAGCAGCUUUCUGCCCACUGCAGCAGUUUCCUUUAUCUUUGGGAGAUGUUCACAUUUGAAAAGGCUCAACUGGGAUAUUUAUCAGCCUCUCCUGUUCCUCUGGGGUUUGGUGCAGUUGACAGCCGGCAAGGAUAAAAUGAGCUGGUCAUCUCGGGACCAUGGAAAACAUGGAAUCGAGGCUCAAGAAUGCCCCUUAUUUUCGACGUGAGAAGGGGAACAAUUCUGUCCCCGUGUGCCGGAAGUGUGAGCCGUGUGUCCUGGCCUGGAAGAUCUUCUCCACCAAAGAGUGGUUCCGAAGGGUGGGCAGGAUGUCCCAGAGGAGGUUUCUGGUCAGCAUGCUGCAGCAGCUGGACAGCCUGUAUUUGUUACACUAUUUUCAAAAUAUCCUUCAGACCACGCAGGGGAAGGAUUUUGUCUACCACAGGUCCCGGGUCAACCUCAGCAAGAAGGAGGGGAAAAUCGUCAAGUCCUCCUUGAACCAAACGCUGGACGAGACGGUGGAACAGAAGAUGAGGGGGAUUUUGCACUGGUUUGGAAACAGCAGCUCCCGGACGAAGGCGAACUAUGCACUCCUGCUGCUGCAGAUGUGCGACCCCGAGCUACUGCUCACUGCUGCUGAUGUCGUCAGAGCCCUGCUUCUGAGAGGGCGGAACGGUGCCUCAGGGAACGACCCAGACUCCAAGGAUGUGUUUUUCUUCCCUGAGAAAGGCCACACGCCCCCGUGCGAGACCUCACAAGUCUGCUGGGCAGCCAGACCCGGGCACACAUCCUUCCCGUUGUCCAAAACUACAGGAAAAGCAAACUUGCACGAAAAUGUGUGGUGCGGAGCAGCCACUACUGAUAAGUCCGCUGAAGGACAGUGGAAGAGUUCACUCCAGUAUAUUUCCGAGAUGAAUAGGCUGUCUUCUGAAAAAGCAAGCGUGUCCAAAGCAGGCUCGGCCCCCGCCGCCGAUGUGCUGGUGGAUCUGGAGGCCGUCAGAGAGCUGUCUUCUGGGGUCAGCAGAUACCGCGACUUCAUCCGUCACCUGCCCGCCCACCUCUCCAAGUCUAUCCUCAGUAUGCUGGAUAAGAACAGCCUGAACAGGUGUGUGUUCGUGAGCCAGCACUGGGCAGUGCUGGCGCAGCAGGUCAGGACCGACAUGUCCAUGCACUCUUUCAUCCAGCGCCAGAUCACCUUCCUGCAGGGGUCCUACACCAGGGGAAUAGACCCCAAUUACGCCAACAAGGUUACUAUCCCAGUUCCUAAGAUGGCAGAUGACGGGAAGCACCUACGCGUGAAAAAUCAGAAAUGGAAACUGAGAACGAAGAAUGACUACGACCUGUGGACCGCAUACCAGAACGAGGAAACUCAGCAGGUGCAGAUGGAGGAGAGGAAUGUCUUCUGUGGCACUUACAACAUCCGCAUUCUCUCUGACAUGUGGGACCGAAACAGAGUCAUCCACUAUUCUGGGGGAGAUUUGUUAGCUAUGUCAUCCAAUCGGAAGAUCCAGCUUCUGGACAUCAUACAAAUAAAGCAGAUACCCAUCAAGUUCCGAGGCCACACUGGGAGUGUCCAUACCCUCUUCUUGUGUGAGGAGGAAAACUUUCUCCUGAGUGGGAGUUAUGACCUGAGUAUCAGAUACUGGGAUCUGAACAGUGGGGCUUGCAUACGCAUCUUCAGUGGCCACCAGGGGACUAUCACUUGCAUGGACGUGUGUAAGAACAAGCUCGCCUCUGGAGCAAAAGAUUGCCAGGUAAAAGAGUGGGAUAUAGAGACAGGAAAGUGCCUGAAGACCUUUAAACACAAAGACCCCAUCCUGGCCACCAGGAUCAAUGACACGUACAUCGUGAGCAGCUGUGAGAAAGGGCUGGUCAAAGUGUGGCACAUCAUCACGGCCCAGCUGGUGAAGACGCUCAACGGCCAUGAGGGAGCUGUGAAGUGUCUGUGCUUCGACCAGUGGCAUCUCCUGUCGGGAAGCGCUGACGGCCUGGUGAUGGCCUGGAGCAUGGUGGGAAAGUACGAGCGGUGCCUCAUGGCCUUCAAGCAUCCAAAGGAGGUUCUCCACGUGGCCCUUCUCUUCCUCCGGGUCAUCAGUGCCUGUGCAGAUGGCAAGAUCCGCAUUUACAAUUUCCUAAAUGGGAACUGUCUGAAGGUGAUGAAAGCCAAUGGCAGAGGUUAUCCUGUGCUGUCCUUCUUUAUUCAGGGCAACAGGAUGGUGAUCAACACGGAGAGCAACGUCCUCAUGUUCCAGUUUGAGAAUAUCAAGUGGCAGUACUCUCUGGAACAGGCCAAGCAAAAGAAGAAGGACAAAGAGGAGGACAGCGAAGAAAACGGCCUCGCAGAAGUUCUCUCCAAGUCAAGCACUCAGAUUUACAGCCCUCAGGAAUCCACAUCUAGCAAACAGACAGCCCAGGAGUCCCUGUUCAGCAAAUCUCACAGGUCCCAAGUUCUCCUAAGGGCAUCCAGGUUACCUACAGGAGUGUUAACGGAGGCACCUCUAAGUCAAGGAAAGCCAAAGUCACCCCGAAGAGAUGGCAGGAAGAGACCGAGUUCUAGGGAAGCAAAUGGCAUGGGCACCGAGCAAGAGAAUUUGGAAGCAAAACCCCUCGCCGGAGAUAAGAACGCAGAUGAUGUGGAGAAAAUACCAAAACAAGGACAACUGGGAACUUUGGGAGACUUGAUCAGUUGCUCAAAGAAGAAGUCCUGGUGCAUCCCUAUGUCACCUGACCAGCUCCUCCUGACUGUGAAUGCCCUGCAGAAAGCCCAUAAUUCUGGGGAGUUUGCCUAUCCCCGGAGGCCCCAAACCCAGGUCAUCGAUGCCUGGGGACCUUCCAUUUCAUACCCAAGGAAGGUCCUGAGUUUGAAGGGACAGUCGGUCCAACAUGCAGUAGAUCGGCUGAGAUUGAGCAACCCUCCCAUAGAUGUGAAACAAACCAGUAUUCCCCUUGAAAUCCAGAAGCUUCAGCCUAACCUGAAGAACUCCGUGCACAGCCCCAGAGUCCAGUCUACCAUCCCCCAGCCGGUGCUCAUCUGCCCCAGGUUCUCUGGCAGCUUAAAGGGUGAAGACCCGGCAACCAGUUCAACUGAUGGGGCAGUGCGCAGCUUCAGCCCCUUAACCAGCACACAGGUCAUCAAACCAAACCACAUGCUGGCUCCGCCGAUGGGCACGACGGCCCAGGCUGCCAAGAAAGAUCGGCCCCGCUUCUACACGGCCCUCGACCCCUUCAGAGUGAACACGGAGUUCAUGCUGCUGACUGUGAAGGAGGAGAAAGAGUACGAGGAGGCCAAGAGGAAGGAGUUUCAGGCCAUAAAGCCGGCUGCAGUGGUUGAUCCAGAAAAAGCCAGCAGAGCUGCAUGGAUCAGGAAGAUCAGAGGCCUGCCCAUAGAUAAUUUCACGAAGCAAGGAAAAACAGCAGCCCCUGAACUUGGACAAAACGUAUUUAUCUGAACCAUCCUUGGGAAAUUACAGUGUCUUAAAUAAACAAAAA